AUUCUUUUGCACUGUAAGCGAAGUAGAUCUUCAGCCUUCUCGCCAUCGUCGUCGUCUUCAGAGCUUCGUCAUUAUUGUAGAAGAUGGUACGAGUAAGUGUGUUGAAUGAUGCUCUUAAGAGCAUGUACAAUGCUGAGAAGAGGGGAAAGCGCCAGGUCAUGAUUAGGCCUUCUUCAAAAGUCAUCAUCAAGUUUCUCAUUGUCAUGCAAAAACAUGGGUACAUUGGAGAAUUUGAGUAUGUUGAUGAUCAUAGAUCAGGGAAAAUUGUUGUUGAACUGAAUGGUAGGCUGAACAAAUGUGGUGUCAUUAGUCCUCGCUUUGAUGUUGGAGUUAAGGAGAUUGAAGGGUGGACCGCAAGAUUGUUGCCUUCCAGACAGUUUGGAUACAUUGUACUGACCACCUCCGCCGGUAUUAUGGACCAUGAGGAGGCUAGAAGGAAGAAUGUUGGUGGAAAGGUUCUUGGUUUCUUUUAUUAACUUCUUGUGUUGACAAAGAUGAAUGAACACCCAAUUUUGGUCUUACUUCGGCCUUCAUUACAAUUGAAAUGGUUCUUAGUUUGUUUUCCUUCAAUUGUUAGUUGGGAUAUUAUCUACAUUUCUUGGACAAAGAUUAUCAGUAUUGUAAACUUACAUCCGGAGAACAUAAGUUGAUGUUUGUCUAUCAGUUAUCCUUCUUUGAUGAGCUUUUGUGUC